AUGAGAAAAGUAGCUACAGUUGUUUCUCUAUCGCUUGUCGCUCUAUUUCUUGUAUUAUCAAUAUGGGAAAAUGGAUUGUUCAAACUGCAUCCGUCAUUGAUGGCUGUUAGUUAUCUCGGUUGUAUGUUUCAAGCGAUCUAUAUCUUUUCGACAGAUGAUGCAUUUCGUUCUCCAUCGUUAACACGACGAAAACAAAUCUUUAUCCAUUCAACUCUACAAAUUGGAAGUAUUAUCUGUUCAGUAAUUGCUUUCAUAGCAAUCUAUUUAAACAAAUCACAACGAAAUAAACCGCAUUUCACUACUUGGCAUGGUUUAAUCGGAUUGAUCGCAUUUAUCUGGUCGUUAUUGCAAGCAUUUGCUGGUCUGUUUCUUACUGUUCUACAACAAUACAUUCACUCUCUGGGAUUCUCAUAUGCACAACUCCGUAUUUAUCAUGCGACCUCAGGUGUACUUCUUUUUACGGUAUCAUGUUUGGUAUUAGUGCUUGGCUUAGUUUCCAAUUGGUUCAAAACCAAAAUGCCUAAUAAUACAGUUGCAUAUUGGAUGAUAUUCUAUUUGUUAACUUCCAGUAUGCUUUUUCUUGCUCAUAAAUGUGUUGAACAAAUUUUUAGCAUGAAAAGUUCGAAUUUAUUGAUUCGAAUUUCUCAAAUAUCGUCAUCGCCUAGUUGGCCAAUUCGCUAUGGAAAUGCUUUUCAGCGGCAUCGUCUUCUUCACACAUGUCUACCUCUUCUGAACCAAGAAAAAACAUCGGACAAGAAAGAAUCAAAAAAAGCUGCCGCAUGUGAUGAACAACCACACAUGCGAAUCAUAGACAAAGCAUCAAACGAAGGGAAACAUCCGAGUGAUUAUAUGAUGUAUCAUGAAAUCUAUUCCGAAAAAGAACUUCAUGAGGUGAAAGUCACGCAUAAAAAGUUUGAAUCAUGGCACGAUAGAGUUGCGUACGCUGCAGUGCAAACAUUACGUUUCACAUUCGACACAUUAACUGGUUACAUUCAUGAACCAAACAGAGCACGUUCCGACAAGUCAAUCGCAGGUGUGCCUGGCAUGGUGGCUGGUAUGAGUCGUCAUAUGAAAUCCCUCCGUACAAUGCAACGUGAUCAUGGAUGGAUUCAUACACUACUAUCAGAAGCUGAAAACGAGCGUAUGCAUCUGUUGACAUUCUUAGAACUACGUCAACCAGGAUGGAUCUUUCGUACGUUUGUUUUACUUGGACAAGGAGUAUUUUUCAAUGCGUUUUUUCUAACAUAUCUGUGUUCACCGAAAAUUUGCCAUCGAUUUGUUGGCUUUCUCGAAGAAGAAGCAGUGAUUACGUACACUCGGUGCAUCGAAGAACUUGAAGCCGGUCGAUUGCCUAUAUGGGCGAAAACCUCGGCACCGAAAAUCGCAAAAACUUAUUGGAAACUCAAAGACGAUGCAAUGAUGAAAGAUGUUCUACUAGCAGUACGAGCAGAUGAAGCUACGCAUCGACAGGUAAAUCAUAAAUUGGCUGAUGUUGGAUCUGAUGCACCAAAUCCUUAUUUACAACGGCAAAAGGAUGAACGAGACCCGCCCAAUGAAAAAGAACAAGAAGAAAUCAAUACGGCUACCAAAAAAUGA